UAGGAGCCCCCUCUAGGCCUCUCCCCAGCUCAUCCUGGACCUGGUUUCACCAGCAGUGAAAAUGGAUUCAGAUCGCCAUGACUGAGGCUUCUGGCCAAAGGCCAAUGCCAACAUCCUGCCCCACCCCCCAGCACCUAAAAAACAGAAAUAGACCUGUCUGCACACUUUAGAAAGGCCCCAACAAAGGGGUGUGGGAAGCCAAGAUGCUGGAGGAGGGAGAGAAAUGGCCAGGCUGGGCCCUCAGCCCAGAGAAUGCCCACGAAUCUCUGGAGCAGGUGCUGAGAUCUCUCUGCAGUAAAGCCCCAUCCCAGUCUCCCACAGCUGCAGGGUAACCUGGGUGGGGUCUCUGCUCUCCAAAGGCCCCCUCAGGCCCCUGUGCAGCUGAGGGGAAGGGUGCUGCCUGCAGUCUUCCCCAAGCCUCAAGGACCCCCACCUGCACCCCUACGCAGCAGUGUCCCCCCAACCCGGGAGCACCGCGGGGGUCAGGCACAGGUUCACAACUGCAGGGACACUUGUGAGGCUGUUCGACCCCUCACCCAGACCCCACAGCCCCCGCACGGCUGACCUCCGGGCACCCGGCAGGUAUGGAGGAGAGGUCACAGCAGUCCCCCACCUAGGCCGCCUUCCCCCGCGUCUCCUCUCCCGAGUCGCUCCCCUCCCAGAGUCCUCUCCUGUAUCUGCGCCCCAGCCUUUCCCGAGUCCUCGUCCAUCUCUGAACCUCCUCCCAGCUGAGCCCGGUUCUCUCAUCCCCCACGUAGUCCGGGUGGGGCCAAGACCCCCUCGAAGCGCCAGGCAAGUCCCCACGGACAUCGGUUUCUCGUGUCGUGAGGGGAGCCUGUCCUGAGGCGGAUACUCUGACGCCCGCGCGCCCCCCAGCCCCAGACCUCGAGGCCGCUGCGGGCGAACACGCAGGCGGGGCGGGGCGGCGGCCGGAGCGGGGCGGGGCGCGCGGACACCCUCACGGCGCCCGGCCUGCCUUUGCCAUGGCCGCUAGCCCCGCGCCCCUCGGCGGGCACCCCCGCGUGCAGAGGCCGCAUCUGAGCAAGAUGGAGCGGAUGGUUGUGACCAUGCAGGACCCCGACCAGGGCGUGAGGAUGCGGAGCCAGCGCCUGCUCGUCACCGUCAUCCCGCACGCGGUGAACGGCAGCGACAUCGUGGAGUGGCUGAUUCAGAAGUACUCCAUCGCGGAGGACGGUAAGGGGUCGUCGGUGCUCUUCCUGCGCCCCACGCGGCCCUGGAGCCGGGGCCAAGCCCACUGGCUCCUCCCGCCCCUGAGAAUUCACCGCCUGGCUUCCCAGAGGCCCUGCACCUGGGCAGCCUCCUCGUGCAGCACGGCUACCUCUACCCGCUGCGCGACCCGCGCCGCCUCGAGCUCCGGCCCGAUGAGACGCCCUAUAGAUUCCAGACGCCCUAUUUCUGGACCAGCACUCUGUGGCCAGCCGCCGAGCUGGACUAUGCCCGUGCCUGCCCUUCCAGCCAUCUACCUGGCCAAGAAGAACAUCCGAAAGCAGGGCACCCUGGUGGACCACGAGAAGGAGCACUACCACCAGCUGCACAGGAAGAUCAACCACUCAUGGGACCUGGUGAUGAUGCAGGCCCGGGAGCAGCUGCGGGCAGCUAAGCAGCGCAGAAAGGGGGACAGGCUGGUCAUCGCGUGCCAGGAGCAGACGUACUGGCUGGUGAACAGGCCCCCGCCAGGGGCCCCCAGCGUGCUGGAGCAGGGGCCAGGACGGGGCCCCUGCGCGGCCGGGCGAGUGCCGAUGACCAAGACCCUGGAUUUCUACAGGCGGGAGGUCGAGUGCUUACGCAGGGCGCUGGGCCGAGCCCGGGUGAAGUCCUCCACCUGCCUCGAGGCGUACCUGAAGUUUAGCAGCCAGCAUGGACCGCAUGACCCCAUCAUGUCGGGGUGCCUGCCCAGCAACCCCUGGGUCACAGACGACGAUGCCUACUGGGCCAUGAACGCACCCAGCGCGGCCGUGCCCACCAGGCUCCGCGUGGAGCAGUGGGCCUUCAGCUUCCGGGAGCUCCUGGAAGACCCCAUGGGACGGGCCCACUUCAUGGACUUUCUUGGGAAAGAGUUCAGUGCCGAGAACCUCAGCUUCUGGGAGGCCUGUGAGGAGCUGCGCCACGGAGGCCAGGCCCAGGUCCCCGCCCGGGUGGACGCGGUGUACCAGCAGUACCUGGCGCCCGGCGCCGCCCGCUGGGUCAACAUUGACAGCCGGACGAUGGAGCAGACUCUGGCGGGCCUGACCCAGCCCCACCGCCACGUGCUGGACGACGCCCAGCGGCACAUCUACCUGCUGAUGAAAAAGGACUCCUACCCGCGCUUCUUGAAGUCAGACUUGUACAGAGACCUGCUGGCAGAGGCUGUGGUGCCCCCAGAGACCAAGCGGCGGGUGUUCCCGUUCAUGCGGAAGCCCCGGCACUCCAGCCCCAGCCCUGCUCUCCUUCCCGCCUCGGCCUCUGGGGAGCCCGUGGGUGGAGAUGGUGAUGGGGAGACCUAGGGGGCCUGGGGGAGGGGGCACCAUCUGGCCC